AUGGCAUACUUCUCCCUCUCCAUCCUCUUUCCCAUAGCCUACCUGGGCAUCCUGAUAGGUAGCAUGGCCACAUUUUCCCAUCUCUAUCGACAGCGGCAAGUCAACUCGAAACUACGCCUGGCCCCCUACUUUGGUCCACACACCUCGCGCAAUAUUUAUCUUUCCCUCUUACACCAACAAGACAACCCCGAUACCAAAGUCCCCGACACGAUUCUGCGCGCAGCUCUAUUCGCCCGUGCUCUGGAAGAUGUUAAUCGCAUGAUGGAAAUCCGCACACGGAAACCGCCCCUCGCAACUCUACUGCAGCGUGGUGUUGUGGGCGACGAGAUCUUCCAACGUCUCACCCGCGCCGAGCAGGAAAUGCAAAUUGAACUAAAGGACGUCAUAGCCGAGGCCAACGCUUUGGCGACUGGGUGGGGACAGACUAUUUUCCAGAGUGCAAGUGAGAUGGUGCAGAACAAAAUGCUGCGGGAGAAAAUCGACAAGGUAAAGGCCAAGCUGGGUUCCGAACAGGAGGCAUGGGCCCAACAACGCGAACAGUCAAGGCGGGAACUCGAAGGAGAUGUCGCCCCUUCAGCCCCUGCCGCCGUUGCUGCUCCUCCUGUCUCAAUAGCAACUCCGCCGGUCCAGCAACCGCCCAUCCAAGCGCCGAAGGCAACUGUGAGCAGCGAUGAAGACGGCGUCAUUGUCGACCCGCCCACCUCAGAUGCAACAGGCGCCGCUACCAGUGGAGGCGGUGGCGGUGGUGGAGGGGGCGGCAAGAAUAAGAAGAAGAAGGGUAAGAAGUAG